AUGUCCCCACCACCGCCGUUCGCGGCGGCGCUAACCCUAAUUCUCCUCCUUCCUGGGCCCGCCCUCUCCUGGAGGCCCUGGCCCAACGCCACCCACCCCAAUUCGACUAAUCUCCUCUACGGCGGCUCCAAGAGGUUCGAGGGCUCCUCCGAUCUGGUCCACCUCGACUACCACAUGGGCCCCGUCCUCACCUCGGAAAUCACCGUGCACCCCAUCUGGUACGGCGCCUGGCAGAACCGCCAGAAGCGCAUCAUCCGCGAAUUCAUCGCCUCCAUCUCUCCCAGCGCCGCCUCCAAGCCCCCCUCCGUCGCCGGCUGGUGGGGAACCGUCCGCCUCUACACCGACCAGACCGGCGCCAACAUCUCUCGGUCGGUCCGCCUCGGCCGGGAGAAGAGCGACCGGUUCUACUCCCACGGCCGGUCUCUCACUCGCCUGGAUGUGCAGUCGGUCAUCCGCUCGGCGGUCGCCGCCAGGACGCAGCCGCUCCCGAUAAAUCCCGGUGGGGUCUACCUGGUGCUGACGUCGGGCGACGUCUACGUGCGGGACUUCUGCACGGCCGCGUGCGGCUUCCACUACUUCACCUUCCCGUCAAUCGUGGGGUACACGCUGCCGUACGCGUGGGUGGGCAAUUCGGCCCGAAUGUGCCCCGGCGUGUGCGCGUACCCGUUCGCUGUGCCGGAGUACAUGACAGGGGUGAAGCCGGUGAGGGCGCCCAACAGCGACGUCGGAGUGGAUGGGAUGAUAACGGUGAUCGCACACGAGCUGGCGGAGCUGUCAACGAACCCGUUCAUCAACGCAUGGUACGCCGGGCGGGACCCGAUUGCGCCGGUGGAGAUCGCGGAUCUGUGCGAGGGGAUAUACGGGUCGGGCGGGGGUGGGUCGUACACGGGACAGCUUCUGAAGGGUGAGGAUGGCGCCACGUAUAACAUGAACGGGAUCAGGCGCAGGUACCUGGUGCAGUGGGUGUGGGACCCCAUACUAAGUUACUGCAGGGGACCCAAUGCGCUUGAUUAG